AACGCUGAUAGGACGGCAGUACUCGAAAUCCGAUAAAGAUAAAUCACUUUAACGGAACUAGAGUUGUUCCAUGCAUUGAGAUUCGCACAUAUUUAGUCGCCAACGAGGAAAAAAAUAAUGCCAUGCCCGGCGGGGGUUCCUUAUCGUUUGCCACUAGUAACUUGUUUACGCUAGCUGUGGCCAUGCGGUUAACGAUUCCUAUUUGUUCUGAAGCUUGUAAUCAAACUUCAGUAGCGGAACUUGUUAUCCAGAGUUUCCGUCACUAAACUGUGCCUGACACCUGCCUGCCUGAGUACUGGAGAACAACAAUCCUCGAGUGAUUUAAAGACGAAGCAAUGAUUGUUAAAGGGAAUAGAAAAGGAGAUGAGAGGUGAUUACAGCGAAGGAAUAGCAGUGGGAACGUAGCGUCUUCAUGGUAACUGAUGAGAGAUGAUUACAGCGAAGGAAUAGCAUCGGGAACGUAGCGUCUCCAUGGUAACUGUUCGCUGCAAGACAUCAUCACUGAGGACUUUGGUGUGCAUCCUCUUGGCAGGCUAUGCAAAGUCACAGGCAUGCUCGCCCGUUACUGUGGUAACAGACUGGACCGGCAACCUUAAAUCACCCGAGUUCCCCAAUAACUAUCCCAACAAUAUAUCGUGUUCAUGGGUCCUUACGGUAUCCCCUGGCAACCGCAUAGAGGUGACAACCUUCGUUUUAUUGUUGGACUCAUACUCUACAGAGGAUCCGAGCUGUCCUGGGGACUAUCUAGAGGUGCGUCAAGGCGCGUCUAGGGUUUCACCGCUGAUCGGUAGAUACUGCGGGGGCAGUGUACCACCGCCUUUUGUAUCGUCUAGCGAGAAUCUAUUUAUGCAGUUCGUCACCGACGCAUCGGGGUCCUCCGCUGGUUUCUUUUUACAGCAUAAAGGCGUUUGCAGAGUUCAACUUAAUGAGACGUCUGGCACUAUCAGCACUCCCAAUUACCCACAGUUCUACCCUACCAGUCAAGACUGCCUUUGGUCUAUCCAGGUAAACUCUUUACUGGAAAUAACCCUCAACAUCACCACCUUGGACACGGAGCACAAUGAUAACUGCACCUUUGAUUACGUGGAGGUGUACGCUGGCGUUUCCAUGGGAGCGCCUUUGAUUGGCAGGCACUGUGGUUUGGCGGAAGGGCUCUCGUAUGCCAGGAGAGGGAAUUUGAGCGUGCGGUUCGUGUCGGAUGGAGACCGGGAGAAAAUGGGAUUCUUGGCUACGUAUACGACUCGACUGAGUGGUACAUGGACAGAAUGGUCGCCGUGGACACCGUGCUCCGUCACGUGUCACCAAGGCAACAGCACAAGGUUCCGGAUGUGCACCGAUCCGCUUCCGCUAACUGAUGAGCCGUACUGGUGCCAAGGUCAGGAAAGCAACAAGACGGAGCAAAUAGAAGUCAGAACAUGCGUCGUAUCAAACUGCACGCCGGUGGAUGGUGGAUUCACGUCCUGGUCUUCCUGGUCAAACUGCUCGUCUAAAUGUGGUAUCGGGACGCACAACAGGACGCGCAACUGUACGAAUCCCGCGCCUGCAUUUGGAGGAAGCAAUUGUUCAGGAAAUACCAUGGAAACGGGGCCGUGCGACAACCUGUGCUCAGUGAAUGGCGGCUACACGGCUUGGUCCAACUGGUCUGCUUGCCCUGUGACCUGUGGAGCAGGCAGUCAAGCGCGAACAAGGAAUUGUUCCAACCCAGUUCCCAAAAAUGGGGGCAAAGAUUGCACAAGCCUUGGGCCGACUAUGGAAUUAAAACUAUGUAAUCGCCCCCUGUGCCCGGUGCAUGGUGGGUAUUCGCUCUGGUCGAAUUGGACGAAAUGUUCAGUAACUUGUGGAAACGGAACCAAAUCUCGUUCACGGAAUUGCACAAACCCUGGGCCAUUACACGGUGGAAAUAACUGCACAAAUCUCGGGCCAAACAAUCAAACAAUCAAGUGCGACCUCCCAGCAUGCCCGGUCAAUGGUGAUUACUCUCCUUGGUCGAAUUGGACGAAAUGUUCAGUAACUUGUGGGAAUGGGACAAAAACUCGUUUACGGAAUUGCACAAACCCUGAGCCAUUACACGGUGGAAAAAACUGCACAAAUCUCGGGCCAAACAGUCAAACAAUCAUGUGUGACCUCCAGGCAUGUCCAAUAAAUGGUGAUUACUCUACUUGGUCGAAUUGGACGAAAUGUUCAGUAACUUGUGGGAAUGGAACAAAAACCCGCUCUCGAAAUUGCACAAACCCUGAGCCGUUACACGGUGGAAAUAACUGCACAAAUCUCGGGCCAAACAGUCAAACAAUCAUGUGCGACCACCAGGCAUGUCCAAUAAAUGGUGGUUACUCUCCUUGGUCGAAUUGGACGAAAUGUUCAGUAACUUGUGGGAAUGGAACAAAAACCCGCUCUCGAAAUUGCACAAACCCUGACCCGUUACACGGUGGAAAUAACUGCACAAAUCUCGGGCCAAACAGUCAAACAAUCAUGUGUGACCUCCAGGCAUGUCCAAUAAAUGGUGGUUACUCUAAUUGGUCGAAUUGGACGAAAUGUGCAGUAACUUGUGGGAAUGGAACAAAAACCCGCUCUCGAAAUUGCACAAACCCUGAGCCGUUACACGGUGGAAAUAACUGCACAAAUCUCGGGCCAAACAGUCAAACAAUCAUGUGUGACCUCCAGGCAUGUCCAAUAAAUGGUGGUUACUCUCCUUGGUCGAAUUGGACGACAUGUUCAGUAACUUGUGGGAAUGGAACAAAAACCCGCUCUCGAAAUUGCACAAACCAUGAGCCGUUACACGGUGGAAAUAACUGCACAAAUCUCGGGCCAAAAAGUCAAACAAUCAAGUGCGACAUCCAGGCAUGUCCAAUAAAUGGUGGUUACUCUAAUUGGUCGAAUUGGACGAAAUGUUCAGUAACUUGUGGGAAUGGGACAAAAACUCGUUCACGGAAUUGCACAAACCCUGAGCCAUUACACGGUGGAAAUAAUUGCACAAAUCUCGGGCCAAACAGUCUAACAAUCAAGUGCGACCUCCAGGCAUGUCCAAUAAAUGGUGGUUACUCUCCUUGGUCGAAUUGGACGAAAUGUUCAGUAACUUGUGGGAAUGGGACAAAAACUCGUUCAAGGAAUUGCACAAACCCUGUGCCGUUACACGGUGGAAAUAACUGCACAAAUCUCGGGCCAAACAGUCAAACAAUCAAGUGCGACCUCCAGGCAUGUCCAAUAAAUGGUGGUUACUCUACUUGGUCGGAUUGGACGAAAUGUGCAGUAACUUGUGGGAAUGGAACAAAAACCCGCUCUCGAAAUUGCACAAACCCUGAGCCGUUACACGGUGGAAAUAACUGCACAAAUCUCGGGCCAAACAGUCAAACAAUCAUGUGUGACCUCCAGGCAUGUCCAAUAAAUGGUGGUUACUCUCCUUGGUCGAAUUGGACGACAUGUUCAGUAACUUGUGGGAAUGGAACAAAAACCCGCUCUCGAAAUUGCACAAACCCUGAGCCGUUACACGGUGGAAAUAACUGCACAAAUCUCGGGCCAAACAAUCAAACAAUCAAGUGCGACCUUCAGGCAUGUCCAAUAAAUGGUGGUUACUCUCCUUGGUCGAAUUGGACGAAAUGUUCAGUAACUUGUGGGAAUGGGACAAAAACUCGUUCAAUGAAUUGCACAAACCCUGAGCCAUUACACGGUGGAAAUAACUGCACAAAUCUCGGGCCAAACAGUCAAACAAUCAAGUGCGACCUUCAGGCAUGUCCAAUAAAUGGUGGUUACUCUCCUUGGUCGAAUUGGACGAAAUGUUCAGUAACUUGUGGGAAUGGGACUAAAACUCGUUCAAGGAAUUGCACAAAUCCUGAGCCAUUACACGGUGGAAAUAACUGCACAAAUCUCGGGCCAAACAAUCAAACAAUCAAGUGCGACCUUCAGGCAUGUCCAAUAAAUGGUGGUUACUCUCCUUGGUCGAAUUGGACGAAAUGUUCAGUAACUUGUGGGAAUGGGACAAAAACUCGUUCAAGGAAUUGCACAGACCCUGAGCCAUUAUACGGUGGAAACAACUGCACAAAUCUCGGGCCAAACAGUCAAAUAAUCAAGUGCGACCUCCAGGCAUGUCCAAUAAAUGGUGGUUACUCUCCUUGGUCAAAUUGGACGCAAUGUUCAGUAACUUGUGGGAAUGGAACAAAAACCCGCUCUCGAAAUUGCACAAACCCUAGGCCAUUACACGGUGGAAAUAACUGCACAAAUCUCGGGCCAAACAAUCAAACAAUCAAGUGCGACCUCCCAGCAUGCCCGGUCAAUGGUGAUUACUCUCCCUGGUCAAAUUGGACAAAAUGUUCAGUAACUUGUGGAAAUGGAACAAAGACUCGUUCAAGGAACUGCACAGAACCUGAACCAUUACACGGUGGAAACAACUGCACGCUCCUCGGACCAAACAGCCAAAUAAUCACAUGUCAACUCCAAGCGUGUCCAGUCAAUGGCGGUUACACGGCUUGGUCUAACUGGUCUGAAUGCUCCGUCGAAUGUGGCACUGGAUUAAAAAACCGAACACGAAAUUGUACUAACCCAGAGCCUAUAAACAAUGGGCGGAACUGUUCCGAGUUAGGCCCAAGUAAAGAGUUAUCCCCAUGUUCUGUUACGUGUGUAAUAGACGGUGGAUACUCCCCAUGGAGUAAUUGGUCGGAAUGUUCCGUUACCUGUGACUCAGGUGUUCAAAACAGGACUCGUACUUGUACAGUACCCAAGCCAAAGAAUGGUGGAAAGAACUGUUCCCAUUUGGGUCCUAUUAGUGAACAAAAAGCAUGCAACAAUUCAUGCCCCGUUGAUGGGGGUUAUAGCGCUUGGUCGAAGUGGGGAAACUCCGACACAACAACAGACACAAGGACACUCGAAAUAAGACCAAGUCAAACAGUAUCUGCUCCAGACAGGACUGUUUCAUCGGGCUACAGAGUAUUACAAACCACGGAUUCACGUUCCAAUAACAGCAUUACACCCCUAAGUUUGGAACCAAGCAAUCGACAAACCACAAAUCUCGAUCGUAUGAGUUUGGCUUUUACUGACGUGCCUCAAAGCUCUACGAUAGUACUCCAAACAUCAGUUAUUACUAAAACUCGAGCAUCAAAUCUACUUCCGAAAAGUGGCAUACCCCAGACAACUGCUCUAGAUCCCCAAACAUCAAUUGUUACUCUAGCAUCAAAUCUAUUUUUGGCAAGUGGUGUACCCCAGAGCUCUGCUUCAGAACCCCAUAAAUCAAUUAUCACUACUACUCGAGCAUCAAAUCUAUUUUCGAUUAGUAACAUACCCAAAAUCUCUUCUAUAGAUCCCCAAACAUCAAUUGCCAUUAUAACUCGAGCAUCAAAUCUAUUUUCGACAAGAAGUGUACCCCAGAACUCUUCUUCAGGACACCAUACUUCAUUAGUUACCAUUUAUCGAGCAUCAAAUACAUUUUCGAUAAGUGGCGUACCACAAAGCCCUGCUUCAGGACCCCAUUCAUCAGAUAUUACUAUUACUCGAGCAUCAAAUCUAUUUUCGACUAGUAGUGUACCCCAGAACUCUUCAGGACACCAUACUUUAUUAGUUACCAUUUAUCGAGCAUCAAAUACAUUUUCGAUAAGUGGCGUACCACAAAGCUCUGCUUCAGGACCCUAUUCAUCAGAUAUUAAUAUUACUCGAGCGUCAAAUCUAUUUUCGACUAGUAGUGUACCCCAGAACUCUUCUUUAGGACACAAUACUUCAUUAGUUACCAUUUCUCGAGCAUCAAAUACAUUUUCGAUAAGUGGCGUACCACAGAGCUCUGCUUCAGGACCCUAUUCAUCAGAUAUUACUAUUACUCGAGCAUCAAAUCUAUUUUGGAUGAGUAGUUUACCCCAGAACUCUUCUUCAGGACACUAUACAUCAGUUGUUACCAUUUAUCGCGCAUCGCAUACAUUUUCGACAAGAAGUGAAUCCCAAAACUCUUCUUCACGACACCAUACUUCAUUAGUUACUAUUUCUCGAGCAUCAAAUACAUUCACGACAAGUGGCGUUCCUAAAAGCUCUGCUGCACUUCUGCUAAGUGACAGAUAUCUGCCUUCAAAAAAUUCGACGGGAAGCAGCAGUCAAAAGAUCUCAGUUACCGGAAAGUUUCACAUCGUCUUACCAACACCUACGGCAGGUCUAUUGCUUGUAUCAACAAGUUUAGAGGUCAACAGCGGGAUUCCUCAAGGUUCCAUCAAAGGACCAUUUCUUACUAUACAAGAAAAUGGUUUCGGCACAGUUGAUUUGGGUAGCUCAACAGUGAAUCUGGACUACAGCAGCGCAGCCUCUACGUAUUCUUUUAAUAACAAUAAUCUUGAAAGCCAGGCUACAGCAGCAACUCCGCCUUUGAACUUCGCGAUGAGUACAAACCCUCAGUCAAGCGGUAUAUCUGACAUGAGUAUACGGUUAUUAGCUACGGCCAGCCUUACCACGAUGGGUACUUCCGUCAUCAUCGACACCGAUGAUUCACCAACCAUGUCUGCGUCACCACUGCCCUCGUUCCCAUGGUAUGUCAUCAUCAUCAUCUGCAGCCUCAUCAUCACGCUAGUUAUCAUCCUAACGAUCUACGCAACGCGGAGCAAACCCCUUCGAUGUUUGAAGCGUGUCCUGCCCCGAUCAUCCUUGAGCAAGAAAGAGCAUCCCACACGGACGACCAUCGAAAAAGAUGGGUUCAAGAAAACAAUAGGCCGACAACAAAGCUUUCUCGCCGUACAACACCAUCUGUGCUAUAGGGACGUAUACUACGGCGGCCCGCUAGAUUAUGCACAGUUCAACCCAAGAUUAGACAACGUUGCUAUGGUAACAAGGCCGGGUAUAGACGUUAGUGAGAGUAUAGAGCUAUCAUGCCAGUUUAGUUUAGAGGAUAAGAAACAGAUAGACGAGUAUGAGUAUUUGGAGGUAUCGUGCGUGUUAGAGGACGAAACCGAAGCCUCGCAAACAUCAAAGAACACUGAGGAUUACGGGAUAUUAGCCAUGACUUUUCCAGCAUCAAAGAUAGACAUUCAUUCAAGGAACACGAUUACAAGUUUGUAAGAUAAAAUACACAAUAGGCCAUUCCAGCUAUAAGCUUGCGCUCGCAUUACAAUAGGAACCUACCUCAACUACCAGAAUGCAGCGCGUACCAAACGAAGCGCGCUGCAUGACGGUAGUUGGUUUCCAUGUCGAGUACGCACGCAUUGAAUUGCCUAUUCUGAUAGCUUUCAACAGGUAGUAGAAAUGUCGGUACAACUGAACCUGGCCAGAGUUCCUAUCAGAACAGCUGUUAGCAUGCUGUCACACCGGCGGCCAAGCACACUUCACUUAACGACAUGUAAUGUUAGUAACGUUAUGUACUUGAGAUCUAAAGAAAAGUCCUAUGCAUCUUU